AUGGGAGUUUUAUACCUUAGUCUCUUUAGAGGGUGGUGUUUUUCUUCGAAUUCUGCUCAUCAUCAUAAUGGUCGAAUUGUUCUUGCUUGGAACCCGCUGAGCUCUGAUGUAGAUAUUCGGGAUUGCACCAGCCAAUACAUUCACACUAUUAUUAAACCCAAGCAUGCGGACCCGUUUGAGGCGACCUUUAUUUAUGCUUCGAAUGAUUCAAAUGAGCGAAGUGGUCUUUGGAAUGAUCUUAUGGUUAUUUCUCGGAAUCAAACUAGUCCUUGGAUUCUCUUAGGGGAUUUUAAUUCUGUUAUGUACCCGGAAGAGCGUGUUCGUGCUGGAAAAUUCACUAGUGCAGAAGUCCAUUUUUUCCCGGAAGGGAAUUUUGAUCAUUGCCCUCUUCUGUUGGCUGUUUAUCCUUCUUAUAGCAAUGGCCUAAAACCUUUCAGAUUUUUUGACAUGUGGUGUUCCCAUCCAGACUUUAACAGGAGGUUUUUGGAGAGUUGGAAGGAGCCGGUUAUUGGUACUCCUAUGUAUCGCUUGUGUGUGAAGCUGAAGCGUGUCAAGGCUAUCCUUCGUGAGCUCAACAAGAAAGGGUUUGGUGAUGUGGAAAUUUCAGAGGCUAACUCGAGGAAGCAUCUUUUGGAGUGUCAACUUGCUGUCAACAAAGAGCCCCAUAAUCAUGUUCUUAUUGAGGCUGAAAUUAAAGCUAGAGAAGACUAUAAGGAGGCUUCUAAAAACUAUACAUCUUUUCUUCAGCAAAAAGCUAAAAUGAAUUGGCUCAAGGAUGGAGAUAGUAACACCAAGCUUUUUCAUUCCAGCAUCAAGAAGAGAAGGAAAUGUAACACAGUUUAUGCCAUUAAUGAUUGCAAUGGUAUACUUAUGGACAAUCCUGAGAAUGUUAAUAAAGCAUUCUUAGAUUUCUAUUCUACACUCCUUGGUUCUAAGCUCGAGCACAGGAAGAAGGUCUUCAUUAAGGUUGUUCAAGAUGGGCCGACCUUAACAGAUCAGCAAGUUCAGUACUUGGAGCAGCCUUAUUCGCUUGCGGAAAUAAAAGGAGCUCUUUUUUCCAUUCCGAAUGAGAAGGCUCCGGGUCCGGAUGGCUUUAGUAGCGGUUUUUUCAAGAAUACUUGGGAGGUAACAGGGAAAGAUUUUCUUGAAGCUAUCUUAUCUACCUUGAAUUCGGGCAAACUCCUUAAAGAGGUAAAUGCUACUACCUUGACGUUGAUUCCUAAAUUGAACUGUCCGAAUAGUGUUAGUGAUUUCAGACCCAUUGCUUGCUGCAAUGUGGUCUAUAAAACUAUCAUGAAGGUGCUUUGUACUAGAAUGAGACAAGUCCUUCCAAGCCUUAUAGCGGACAAUCAAGGAGGGUUUGUACAUGGCCGGUAUAUCGCUCAUAACAUUCUUAUUUGCCAAGACCUUGUGUAA